AUGUCCAAGCGCCCGGGCUCCAAGCUGCCCGGGGGCGGCGGAGGGGCCGGCAAGAGGAAAGCCCUGAGCAUCAAGGAGAAGCUGGACAUCAUCAAGCGCUUUGAGGGCAACGAGAGGACGUGCGACAUCUCCCGCGCCACGGGCCUCAAGGAGUCAACGCUGCGCACCAUCCGCGACAACGCGGUCAAGAUCAAGGAGACGUCCCGGACCGGCACCGGCACGAGCGCAGCCAAGUCCAUCCGGGGGCGGCCCAGGGAGAUCGAGGAGAUGGAGAGGCUGCUGAGCCUGUGGAUGGAGGGCAAGAGGUCGGGCACCACGUUCCUGACCGCCAAGGGCAAGGCCCUGUCCAUUUAUGCCGACCUGAAGCGCAAGUCGUCCAACCCCGGCGAGGUGGCGCCGUUCCGGGCGAGCUGCGGCUGGUUCAGCGGCUUCAAGCAUCGCUACAACUUCCAGAGCCUGCAGCUGCUGGGCGAGGCGGCCAGCGCGCAGCUCAAGGCGGCCAAGGAGCUGCCGGCGCUCAUCCAGAAGCUGGUCAAGGAGGAGGGCUACACGCUCGACCAGAUCUUUAACUUCGACGAGACGGGCCUCUACUACAAGCGCAUGCCGCGACGCACCUACAUCUCCAGGGCCGAGAAGCACGGGCCCGGGCCGAAGGCGGCCAAGGACCGGGUGACCGUCCUACUGGGCGCCAACGCCAGCGGGGACCUGAAGCUCAAGCCCGUAGUGGUGUACCGCUCGGCCAAUCCUCAGGCCUUGAGGGGCAUCGUCAGGGCCAGCCUCGGGGUUCACUACCGCUACAGCAAGAAGGGCUGGAUGACGGCCCAAGUCUGCAUCGACAUUUUUGCCGAAUUCUUCCCCGUUCUAGAGGAUUAUUGCAAGAAAAAGAACUUGGCUUUUAAGAUUCUCAUAAUUAUCGAUAACGCACCGAGCCAUCCCCUGACCAUCGCUGAGCUCAAUCCCAAUGUCAAAUUCAUCUUUCUGCCCCCUGAAACCACCUCCCUGAUCCAGCCCCUGGGUCAAGGGGUGAUAGCCCUGUUCAAGGCUUACUACCUGAGGCGAACAUUUAAGAUGCUGCUCUCGGCCACCGGAGGGGAGAAUGCAGAGACCGUUAUCGAGUUCUGGAAGCGAUUUAACAUCAAAAUGGCCAUCGACAUCAUCGUUGAAGCCUGGAACGAUGUCACCAGAGAGUGUCUGCACCGUGUGUGGAAGAAGAUGCUCCCCGACUUGAUUCACGACUUUAAAGGAUUCGAACCUUCGGAGCAAUUAAAAAAAAUCAAGGCAAGUUGCGUGGAUCUGGCGAAGCAAGUUGGAUUUGAGGGGGUCAAGAAGAAAGACGUAGACGAGCUUCUAGAGGCGCCCCCUGAUCGCCUCUCCUCUGAGGACAUGCGACAGCUGGCUGCCGAAGGGCAGGCUGAGGCAGAGGACGAGGAUGAGGAAGACAGCCCGAAGGCUGCUCCCAGGCAGCUGGACACGGUCCAGUUGUCUGACGUUUUAGGGGUGAUAGAAAAGCAGCUGCAGUGGCUGGAGGACAACGAUUACAACGCUGAACGCAGCAGAAUAGUGGCUCGUGGCAUCCGGACCAAUUUGGAACCCUACCGGCACCUUCAGUACGAGAGGAGGAGGCUGGCAAAGCAGCAGAAAUCCUAUGUGUAUCUUAAGAGACGAGAAAUCAAUGGCCCGAGCACAUCUGGGAGUGCAGCUUCUCACCUGGCUUUGGACACCCCUCGGUCUGUCACUCCACAGUAG